CUACGGACACAGCGCUUUGCGGACGUCCAAAUAGUGCUCAGACCUAGGCUGACUCAGACUGUCUCGCUAGCUGUUCAAUGAAAUCAAUCAUCUUUCGUUUGCAGGGCCGGAACGACAGGGUUGGUUUUUGUUCCUCCUCUCGAAUAUCCUAGAGAUGUAAACAUCACCAAACAGUACUAACUGGAAUAAUGACGGUGGGUUCAAGGUCGACUACGGUUAUCCUCCUCGGCUGCUUGCUAUGCAUGUGUUAUGUUAGUUUCGUCGAAGCAACUACAAAUGUUCCACCCGACGCCAGCGACGAUGAGCUUGCGGACUUGCUUGAAGCAGCCAGCUCCAAUUCAGACGAUGGCCUGCUGAACGCAUGGAAGACGGUGACCUACGGGGAGAGGCAGCCAACCAACCGGCAGAAGCACACCGCUAGCUUAGUGCGAGCACCCAAGGACAAUCGUGACUUCAUGCUCGUCUUUGGUGGAGUCACUUACCGCAAAGCAACAUCGGUCAUCUUGCUUCAACGAGAGUGUAUUCACUCCGUUGGAAAUGGCACGGACGAAGCAGCGCUGUGUUGCCGGGGCACGGCCACAAAUGAAGUCUGGGCGUACGUGAUAGUGGACAAGUACUGGCUGGAGAUAUCCAGAGAGAUAGGCCCCUCGGAGAGGUUUGACCACUCUGCUGAUAGUCUCCGGGACAAGUCUGGUAUUUUGAUGUACGGUGGACGUACGUAUCUGUACUAUCGCAACGGUAGCUUGCAAGGCAGCCAGCUGUUCAGUGAUGUGUGGAUAUUCACCCUGUCCACCGCACUGUCACGAUACGACUUUGGCAAGUGGAUACAGGUACAGGUCCCAACAAGUGGCAGCGCAUCACCGGGUGCGAGGUUCGGCUCGGUACUGGGAACCAUCGACGACUCGACGUUUGCGGUGUUCGGCGGCUGCCUGUCGACGGGAUUCCACUGCGACGACUUCCGCACGGACCUGUGGAUUCUGAAGGUUACGCCCAGUAUCACCGCCUCCAGUACUCUACAGGAACAGAGCACGUUCACUGGCGUCUGGUCAAGGAUUGAUACUGAACAGUCGCAAGCACCACCGCCAUCAGCUUACUACAAUAUGCAAUAUACAGGGAAUAGUCGUAACAGCUUUCUUGUUCUUCAAGGCUUGGCCAAUGUCACCCAUGAGUUGUCUAACCGCUCGUAUCCUUUCUAUGAGUUCAAGCUGGAUCAGAGUACUGGCAGUAGUGGUGAUGUACCUACACAAGGACGAUGGCAUCAACUGGAAGCGUAUAACGUGACUCACCAGAAGAUUGGACUGCCGGACACGUCCAAUCACAUCUACUUUGAUCCGAUGUACGACUGCUUGUUCAACGUGCGUAUACAACCGACAGUGGAUGUGUUGUCCAGUGUAAUGUCAAGAUUCUGCUUCACCUCCUCAGCACCCACUUUUCCAUCGGAAGGAUCUUGGCAGCCAGUGUUGUCUGAACCCGUCAGAACGCUAGAGAAACCGUUUCCGCUCACUUUGUCACAUCAGACAGCAACGUUUACUGAAGAUGAAGUGCUCCUGUUUGGUGGUGUUGUGGAGACGUUUACCGGACUGGAGUCCGAAAAUCUAUGGUCUCUUGGCAUUAAUGACUCACUAUCUAACAGCUGUGACAGUGAUGAUCGUCCCACUAGUGGUGUGUGUACACUUAACGUAAGUGCCUACAUCACAACCGGCUGGGCCGAGGUGACCACGGCCAGAGCCAGCCCAGAACCGCGCGCCUUCUCCGCCUCGGUAACCAUCGCGAACAUUGUCUACAUCCUCGGCGGACAGCCAAUCUCGCUACAGGCCAACGCAUCCACUCUCAGUGUCCAGGAUAACAUCCAGCGCAACCUUAUUUGGAGCUACGAGCCGACUCGGCAACUCUGGGAGCCGGUAGCCCUUGACAACCCGGACAACAAUGAAGAGUUUAAUAAGGUUGUCUCGAAAACUACGUACGUGAUCGAUCUUUCUGCGGUGGCCGUGCAUACACCGUCGGUGAGCCCUGAGCUGGAGGAACGCUACGGUUCGCAAUACAUUGUCAUCUUCUUCGGAGGGUUUGUGCGCACAGACUCCGUCGACUGUCGACUAGGGCAGCUCCUGAACUCGGUUGUCAUCAUAUCUGCUCCGCAUGCCUCCGUGUGGUCAUUGAGGUAUUUCCACCUGGAGGCGACAACAUCCGAGGACAACAGUACAUGGCCCACCCCUCGACGAGGCCAUACAGCAACUCUGCACAAUGCCACUAUGUAUAUCUUCGGAGGUGCGGUGGACCAACCCAUGUUCAACGUAACCAACGAGCUGUGGGCAUACGAUGUGGUGGCAAUGACCUGGGAACGGAUACGAGGUGAUAAUGCGGCCUCUCCCACCGCUCGGUUUGGUCAUACGGCACAGCACGCUCUCGGAGUGAUCUACAUGUUCGGUGGUGCGGACGCCAGCGGGGUCAUCGCUCAAGACGAAGCAUUCUGGGCGUUCAACAUAGCAUCUCGCGUCUGGAUCAACCUGAGCAGACGCAUCAAGCCCGGAUCUAGCACUCCGUUUCAGCGUUUCUUUCACUCGUCGGCACUCAUUGGUCAAUCUAAGUUUGCCAUUGCAGGCGGCUGUAUAGAGAGGAUUGAACACUUUGGUACGAGCGCUGGAUGUAUCUUUUGUCGAAGUCGCCUUGUUCUUGAUGAUAGUACUUGGGUGUAUGAUGCUAGAUCCCCCGCUGAGUGGCAGCCCAUUGUAGGUGAUGACUUGAUCUCGCGUCGCACGGCAUCGAGUACGGUCAUUGGUACGGCCAGAGCUAUGCAUACUCUCUCAGGUGUCACCACUCGGAACGGUACAAGUCUGUUGGUGCUGUUUGGUGGGUUCUCCAAAUGUCUGAGUGCUGUGCUGGAUGUCUCUACCCUGGUCAUGGAUCCGGCGUGCAACCGGGGAUACUACGCCGCUAACUUCACGUCUGAUAGAUGUCUGGCAUGCGAUAACACUAGCUACUCAUCGUACGCUGGACGUCCUUUUUGCGAUCAAUGUCCGUCGGAGACUAAAACUGCGGCGGUUGGCUCAACGGCCAUCUCGGCAUGCAGCCUGUGUCUAUCGGACAGCUUCUGCAAUAACCGCGGCGUUUGUGAAGUCAAGAAAGCACGAGGUGUGUACACGCCAACAUGCACAAGCUGCAAUGACUUUGGUUACGUUCCGUCCGAUGAGUGCAAGUCACCCAUCUACGCGUUCAUCAUCGUCGGAUCUAUACUGGGUGUUCUUGCGGUCCUGGCCAUUGUGCUGGUGGCCAUCAAUGUGCGCAGGAUUGUUCAAGCACGUCAUGAGAACGAGCGCCUGUUGAGAAACUCCCGGCGUGAAAUCAGCGAAAUGACGGAUGCCUGGAAAAUAGACUCGACUGAGAUCGUGCUGAAGUCACGCAUUGACUUGGACUGCCCCGGCGGCUUUGGAGAAGUGUGGCUGGCUGACUACCGAGACAUGAAGGUGGCGGUGAAAACGAUAUCCGCCGGGCAGCUCAUGCUAAACCCCACGGCUCUGGAGGACAUGAAACAGGAGAUGCUCCUGAUGAGGACCUUACGUCAUCCCAACAUUGUCCUCUUCUUGGGAGGUGGGGAGCUACCCAGCAACCAGGGUGCAUUCAUCGUGAUGGAGUACAUGAGCAGAGGAACACUGACGGACACGCUGCGCGACCAACGGGUGCACAUUGACAGAGAGCAGGCGCUACGCUUUGCCAUGGACAUUGCCAAGGGCAUGCGGUUCAUCCACAGCCUGACCCCGCCACGACUACACCGGGACCUGAAGAGUGCUAACUGUUUAGUCAGUGAGAAGUGGAUAGUGAAGAUCUCUGAUUUCGGCGCAUCGAAAUUACUGAAGGCUGCUGAUAUGAAUCGCGAUGCAGUCUUAUCGUUCCGCAAAGGCUCUAGCAGGGAUGAUGAAGACGAAAGCUUUGUCGAGUUACUGCCUGAUGGUCAGAGUGACCGUCACUUCACCUUGCAAUCACCUUUGCUGGGGACGAAGCAAUGGGAUAUGACGACACAGAUCGGGACUCUGCUGUGGAGAGCGCCCGAGAUGUGGAGAAAUGAACCGUACGGAACGCCGUCAGAUGUUUACAGCUUUGGGGUAGUCAUGUGGGAGAUCUUCACACGCGCCCAGCCCUACGAGGACAGGUCGUUCCGUAACAAGUUUGAAAUUGAGGCAUUGGUGCUGGCAGGUACAAGACCGACCAUACGCAAUGACUUCCCGGAUCUGUAUCGGGUAUUGAUGGAGUCUUGCUGGCACGAUCAGCCUGAUGAGAGGCCCCCGUUUGACGACAUCGUACGUAGCCUGGAGAAGCAGCUGGAGACGGCGCGCAUCCCUACCAUGUCCGUUGAGAUCGACAGGUCCGACGCAAGCCACCGCAAGAUAGUCCGCAAGCGUGUCCUGAUGUAGCCUGAACGUUGAGAGCAAGUAAGAUGUCCGGAUAUGUACCCCAGGCCCACUAAGGCCAACACGCGACGCGUGCUUAGGCCAACUCAGGCCCACAAAACCUAACCCGGGCUCGCCCACUAAGGCCAACUCUGGACCACUACAUUGUAAGGCUCACUCGGUUCCGCUAAGGCCAACUCACUCCCACUAAUACUACUAAACUGUAAUUGCUGACUUGGGAACCAUAACAAGCAACAAGUAAUGCUCGUUUGUGUUGUUUGCGAUCACCGAGCAGCUGCAGCUGUAAGAACAUGCCCGGUUUCUUCGAUAAGCCUCAUGUUUGACUAUUCUGCUAGAGGGUUAGCUGGCUACCCAGUAACGCUUCCAGUCAUGCCCUGCAACACUGCAAUUCACUUGAAUGCACCUAUAAUAGAUCAUACUCUCAGAUAUUAGAAUGUUGAUUUUAUCCAAUAGCACAAGACCAGUAACGAUGCAUGGUACCAGUGAGGUGGACAUUAUUGUCUCGUCCUCGCCGAUACAAAUCCAGUAGCACAAACAGCUAGCGUAGAGCAGCAAGACGACUACAUGCAGUGCCUGGACAUUUGUUUAAAUUAAAAAAUUGGUUUUACGGCUUUUAUCAAAGGAAAUGCUGUCGUGGAAGCGACUAAUUUGGCUGCCAAUCAAACAGCGCCCGUUAUGUACACGAUAUUGGCCCGUCCGUUGCCGAAGCGAAUUACAGGGUAUGCUAGAAAUGUGUUGAUGCUAUUUCGAUCUAAUCCAUGCCAUGUUUUUCUUCUCAUUUCACAAGAACAAUUUUAUUUAUGAAAAUGAGUACAUUUUCAUCAGUAUAAAAAUAACUUCGUAUUCGUAGUGUAAAUUCUUGAUGUAGAAUUGCUUUUUGGUAAGUUCAGGAUUUCUAGGUAUCAUUUAUUUUAUUUGCAUAAUAUUAUGCUUUGACAUGAUUCUUUGAAAUACAACAAUGCCCCCCUCUCUCUCUAACUAUAAAACUUACUGACACAUGACAGCAUCAGUUAAUUGAUUACUUUGAAGUAUAUUCUUUGAACUAGGAAUGUCAUGCAUGGCAACUAGUCAUAAGUCAUUUUCAACGAAACUCGAUCUGUGCAAGUCA